AGCUGAGAGAAGAUGUGUUGCUAUUUAGCACAGCGCUUUUUUCGGAGUCAACAAAAAAUUUUCAGUCAGCUUCGAUACGCAAAGGAGGCAGAGCCCCGAGAAAGGUCCACUUGAAAAUUGUCGAGAAAAGGAGCAAUAAUACAGCAGUAAAAUCAACAGAAAAGGAUGCGUAGUCGCACCGAGCUGGUCACCACGACAUUUGUUGACUCCGACGAUGAGGACUACAGCGAGGACGAUGAUUCCGAGGAGGACUGGCGUCCCACCAAGAAAAAGCAACAGAAGCAGACACGUGGCGAUGGUGGAGGUCGAAAGCGCAAAGCAGCGCCAGCAGCUGCCAACAAAGCGAAGCGACGCGCCUCCAAGGUAAGCGGCGAUGACUUCGACACUGCCGACGAAUACGAUUUGGAUUCGGAGCCCAGCGAGGAUGAGUUCGAGGACGCCAUUGAGUACGCGGCAGCCAGCACCUCGACCAAGCGCUCCCAGAGCCUGCCACCCAAGAAGCAGUUCGUCAAAUUGUCGCAACUCGACUUGCUGCUGAACAAACGGGAUCUGCUGGCACAGGAUUGGCUGCAGAACAGUCGCUUGUGUCUGUGGCGCAAGGACGAGGACACGAAUCUGUUGCAGAAAUAUUUGCGCGUUAAGGCAACGGCAGCUAACAUGGAUGGCGAUGCCGCGGAAGAUGGCGAGCAGUUACUCUUCACAUCCAGCUCGGUGUAUUCCAGCUGGGAUGAGCAACACAUUAGCGAUUUUAUUAACGUUAAAGUCAAUUGUUUGGAUCCAAACAAUCGACGCAUCAAGCUCGAUGAUUUGCCGGCUCUGAAGAAAUUGGCAGACGAAUUGCGCUCAACAAAGGAAAAUAAACCAGCGGCAGAGAACACUGAUGAGAACGAUAAUGAGGAUGAAACCACUAGUCAGCAAUUGGCGAAUGAAAGUCUGAACGAGGAGCCCACAGCGUUGGAGGAACAGCCCGAAGACGAUGAGCAAGAAACUGAUAAUGAAGACGAUGAGGAUGAGGAAGACUAGAGCUACUAAUACUA